AUGACUGAGUUACCUGAAUCAAUUGGCAAAAUUAAGCAUUUACGUUACCUGAACCUUUCUUCCACUACAAUUAAAAUGUUGCCUGAUUUCUUAUGUAAGUUGUGCAAUUUGCAAAUAUUGGAUUUAUCAUGUUGUGAAGAUCUCGCUCUAUUACCAAGAGAUAUGUGGAAACUCAUUAAUUUACGCCAUCUUGAUAUUAGCGAAACUGCCAUAAAGGAGAUGCCAAUGCAAUUGAGUAGACUAAAAUGUCUACAAACAUUAACUAAAUUUAUCAUCAGCAAACAUAGUGGGGCUUGCAUUGAAGAGUUGGGAAAACUUGAAAAUUUUCGAGUAAAGCUUUCUAUUUUAGAGCUUCAAAAUGUCUUAUCUCCUACAGAUUCUUUGAAGGCAUGCUUGAAAGAUAGGAAGCACCUUGAGUUGGUGUUGGAAUGGAAUGACUUCGGUACUAAUAUUUCAGAAUGUCAUAGAUCUGUACUUGACAAUCUUCGGCCCCAUAGUAACUUGAAAAGUCUCACUAUCAACUAUGGCGCCGAAAGUCUUCCAGAUUGGGUUGGGCAUCAUUCAUACUCUAAUAUAGUGUCCAUUCACCUAAAAAAUUGUAAACUUUGUCCCAACUUGCCACCACUUGGAGUGCUACCCUCUUUGCAGCACCUCUCUAUUAUUGGGUUUGAAGGAGUUGUUAAAGUGGUUCGUGAGUUUUAUGGCAACAAUUCUUCAACUAUUAAACCAUUUGGAGCCCUGAAAGUUCUAAGGUUCCAGCGAAUGUUACAUUGGGAGGACUGGUCUUCUUUUGGUGCUGAAAACAAAGGUAGAGCUUUUUCACAACUCGAAGAGCUUUAUAUUAUUGACUGUCCUAAGUUAAAAGGAGUGCUACCAGUUGAUCUUCCUUCUGCUGUCAAACUUGAGAUUCGUGAAUGUCCGCUGCUGGUGGCAUCACUCCCAAAGGCUCAUGUUGUACGAAAAUUACAGUUAAGCAAUGGUAAUGAGGUUUUGCUAAAAGAAUUGCCAACUAAAUUGCAGGAGCUCAUAAUUGGAAGAUUUGGGGCACUAGAGUCAUUUCCCAUGGGAAUGUUGGCCUCCACCAACUGUCUUCAAGUGUUGGAAAUCUGGGAUUUUUCAGAACAACAUGGAUGUGAUUUAGUGACCUUGAAUAUUUACAUCAGUGAUUGCCCUAAUUUUAUAGUUGAUUGUCCAAGAGUUGAGUCGUUUCCCGGAGGGGGCUUACCUUCCCAUGUUGUAGAUAUUAAUAUCUUUAGAUGUGACAAACUCUUAGCAGGACGGGUGGGAUGGGGUUUGCAAAAACUCCCGUCUGUUAGAGAUUUGAGAAUCGGUAGCAAAUAUGAAGAUGUGGUAUCUUUUCCAGAGCCAGGGUUGCUGCCUUCUUCUCUGACUUCUCUUUGUAUCGAAUUUCCAAAUAUGAAAUCUUGGGACAACAAAGGGCUUCAACACCUCACCUCUCUUCAACAUUUGUCGGUCUGGGACUGCCCUAAGCUCAAUUACAUGCCAGAAGAGGGGUUGCUUACUUCCCUUUCUGUAAUAGAGAUCAUACGAUGCCCUUUGUUGAGGAAACAGUGGCAAAGCAAGAAACAAAAAGAACGGCGAAAAAUUCCUAACGUCGAACACAUAGUGAUUGAUAGGGAAGAAUACAUUGGAUGA